GUGCCUGAGUUCACCCACUGUUCAGGCGGUGUCUGACGACGUUACGGGACAGCAGCGGAGAUGCCCUGUUGAACACGGCGGAGCUGUGCUGCGGGUGUUUGAAAAAAAAGAGAGAGAGAAGACCUAAACAUGAUGUUCACCGGAGCUGAUAGCUGACACUGUAGAAUGAGAGAGGAUGGCGCAGACAGACAGCCCUGCCUCAGAGAGCAGCAACCCUAAUGGGUUUGUCAACCGAGUGUUCAAUGUUUCUCUGGAUGUGGAGAACGAGACAGGCAGUGUUUGUAUUCAGGAGACGGGGCCGGGGCCCGUGGAGGUGCAGAAAGAGAGCCAAGCUGCCUCCUCUCAGACCCCUGUCAAGGACAGACAGGAGGUCAACCGGAGGGCCCGUGCCACGGGGGGCAUCUGGCGCAUCUUAAACCGAAAGAGAGCCGUCCCUGAGCUGGAAAGGAGGCCCCACUCCAUGAUCCUCCCCGGAGAGGCUUCCAUCCCUAAACUCUCGUUUGCAGACAAAGUUCGGUCUUUUAAGAAGCUAAAAUCCCCCGCCGUGUUCAGAGGAAAAACAGGGAAGUUGUCCACUGCCAAGUUCACCAGCUCAGUGGACGAGGAGUCUUUCUGCCGUGACAUCGGCACUCCGCAGCAGACCAGCAAGAGCACCCUUCGAAAUAGAGGGAAGAGGCAUUCGUAUGCCGGCUACACGGUGGACUUUGACUGCUCGUUUGAAGACCUGGAUCUGUCUGCGCCAAUAGAUGGCCUCCAGCCCGCUGUUACAGGAGAGACUGUUGUCCAGAAUGGCUGUAAACUGUCUGAAAGAAUUUCAUACACCAAGAGAAGCAAUAGCAACUCAAACAGCUGCAACAAAGUCAGCGCAGACUGUGAGGAGCCCAGUGUUAGGGGUAGCCCCAGAACCCAUCACAGUGGAGGGAGGAGGCACAAGGAUGUGUGGAGUUACCUGAGGAGGAUUUCCCUCUUGGGGAAAAGUAAUCCCGUGUACUCAGAGAGAAGCUUUGACUCUGAGCUCCCCUCGUUGGACAAAACCAUGGACUCAGAUUUUGGAUCUGUAGACUUCGAGAGUGUCAGAGACUUUCAGCCGCCCCCCCCGAAACAAUCGGACACAAAGGGACACUUUGGUGGUCUCUUUAAGUUUUUUAAUAGUGUAGCAGAAUCUGCCAGAAAAUGGCGGACAACUUCACGGUCCUUCUCUCCUCCAGAGGGAGAGAAGACUCCGAUGACCUCCCCGCGGGCCCCACAACGCUCAGUGGACAACAUUCACAGUGUUUCUCUCACACUCCACAAUGAAGGAUCUUUAAAACCCCAACCAACAGAAUUGUCACCGCUCGCUGCUCAACCCUCAAAUCCUAGUAGCUUUGACAGUGAAACUCCAGCGCCCACAACCGGUGGACAAUCCCCCAAAGUUGCCCCAAAAGCCUUUAGAGCUUCUUCAGGAUCUCAAGCUGUUAAUGGCCUUCAGAGCCCAGACAACGUGACAAACCACAAAUCCACGGCAAUUGUAGAGAAUCAUAUUGAGGAUUCAAGUUUAAGCGCGGAGGCUGAAGCUGAUGCUGAGAGGGUUCAGCUGAGCUGCCUGUGUCAAGAGGAAAAGGUAGGGGGACAGAAAGGAAAUGAGCAGGAUUCCAGGGAUACUCCGCUUGACUCCCACCAAGUACAGGAAGUGAAUGUCCAAUCACAACAAGGUGAUAAAGAAAGCACAACCAAUAGCGUAGCAGCCUCAGAUUCUACUGAAGAAAUUUUUAAGCUGUGUGAGCAGAUUGCCAGCAAGACAGGCUGCAGUGUGAGGCAGCCCGGACCAGCCCCGGCCCAGGCUUGCACAGAGAAGACCUCUGUGCCUCACAGGCGGUUGCUCCACCGUCCCCGUCCGGCCUCGGCGGUGCUGGACCUGUGGAGGUCCAACCCGGAACGCGAGAUCUACACGCACUAUAGCGAGGUGGGCUCCCUGCCCCGGCUGAGACACCGGCCCGCUGCCACCAUGCUGCACUCCCCAGGGCAGAGACGGACUGCUGCGCUCUCCAGGCCUUGUUCUGUCAUAGAGAGCAGUGUUACUAGAGAGACCCAGACAACGGAGCUGCCUCACAGAGCUUUGUCUCGCCCUCCGGGAGUGUCACCACUCGAGCCCCCGCAAAGGGCAUCUCUGCAGCGGUGUCGCUCGCUGCCUCUUCCCCMCAGCACUCUCACCGCCUUGGCUUUGCUCCUGCCUACUUCAGUGGACAUGGGCCAGUCGUCCUCAUCGGUGCGCCUGAGGUCUGGAGGCUCCACCAACUGCAGGAGGAAGAGGCUGUUGAGACCCGGGUCAGAACCACUGCAGGUCAACAUAUUGAUAAGUGGAGGCUCGGUUGUCAACGCUGAGGCGGUAUGGGACCACGUGACCAUGGCGGAUCGGGAGCUGGCGUUUAAGGCCGGCGACGUCAUAAAGGUGCUGGACGCUUCCAACAAGGACUGGUGGUGGGGCCAGAUCGAUGAGGAGGAGGGAUGGUUCCCCGCCAGCUUUGUACGGGUGGAACCCCACCCUCCUCAGCCCCAAACAAAACAGGUUUUCUAUAUCAACCCCAUAGCAACUCCACGGUUCCAAAACACCACGUCAAAGCUGUGGGUGAACCAGGAGGACGGUGCUGCAGAGCCGGCCGAGGGGACCAGCGAGGUGCAGAACGGGCACCUAGAUCCGACCAAUGACUGCCUGUGUCUGGGCUCCCCCCUUCAAAACCGAGACCAAAUGAGGGCUAAUGUCAUCAAUGAGAUCAUGAGCACAGAGAGACACUACAUUAAACACCUCAAGGACAUCUGUGAGGGUUACUUGCGCCAGUGCAGGAAGCGUGUGGACAUGUUCAACGACGACCAGCUCAAGGUCAUUUUUGGAAACAUAGAGGACAUUUACCGCUUCCAGAUGGGCUUUGUCAGAGAUCUGGAGAAACAGUACAACACAGAGGAACCGCACCUCUCUGAAAUCGGGCCGUGCUUUUUAGAACACCAAGAUGGAUUCUGGAUCUAUUCAGAAUACUGCAACAACCACUUGGAUGCCUGCAUGGAGUUAAGCAAACUGAUGAGGGAUGGCAGGUAUCAGCACUUCUUCGAAGCUUGUCGCCUCCUCCAGCAAAUGAUUGACAUCGCUAUAGACGGCUUCUUGCUCACCCCUGUCCAGAAAAUCUGCAAAUAUCCCCUACAGUUGGCCGAGCUCCUCAAAUACACAGCACAAGACCACAGCGACUAUCGAUACGUGGCAGCUGCUUUGGCCGUAAUGCGGAACGUCACGCAGCAGAUCAAUGAGAGGAAGAGGCGGUUGGAGAACAUCGACAAAAUCGCCCAGUGGCAAGCCUCCGUUCUCGACUGGGAGGGAGAUGAUAUUUUAGACAGGAGCUCUGAGCUUAUCUACACCGGGGAGUUGUCAUGGAUCUAUCAGCCGUAUGGACGCAGCCAGCAGCGAGUCUUCUUCCUCUUUGAUCACCAGCUGGUGCUCUGUAAGAAGGACCUGAUACGUCGGGACAUACUCUACUACAAGGGCCGCAUUGACAUGGAUCGCUAUGAAGUACGGGACGCCAUCGACGGCCGGGACGACGACUUUAACGUCAGCGUUAAGAAUGCUUUCAAGUUGUUCAACAAAGACACCGAGGAGAUCCACAUCUUUCUGGCCAAAAAGCCCGAAGAGAAGAUCCGCUGGCUCAGGGCCUUCCACGAAGAGCGGAAGAUGGUGCAAGAGGACGAGAAAAUUGGUUUUGAGAUCUCUGAGUACCAGAAGCGACAGGCAGCCAUGACAGUGAGAAAGGUGACCAAACAGAAAGGUGAGGCAACAAGAAGAUACCAGGUGUAAACAGGUGCACGCCCCCCUCAUACCCACCCCCACAGGACCCCCUCAGCGCGGGGCAGUAUGAGGUAACGGAGGACAUGGCACAAGGAGAGGUUUUUGAAUUCAGUCAAUCCAAAAGAGGCCAGGGGCCUUUCUGGCAGAAUUUUAGUAGAUUAGCUCCAUUUAAGAAAUAGAGAAACACAGACUCUUCUGAAGGACCAGCUAUUUUUCUUAGAAGCACUAAACACUGGAUGAUUACGUCCCAUGAUGAAGAAAACACAACCACCACAAACACACAGGAGACUCUGAAGUUAAGGACCAAUGUUACUAUAUGAUUUGAUCGGAAACACCAAGAGGACUUUGAAUUUCAAAAUUGAGGGGAAAAAAAAGAAAAAAAAAGACACACCUUUACAACAAUUCUUCUUUGUUAGUAACGUCAUCACGCUUCUUCUCCAGCUGACUCUGCUGUCACAGACUCUAUCCCUCCGAUUCUGCACAUUCACACCUUCUGAAUGUUCUGGAGUUAUUAAGAUUGUUAAAUGAUUUUGUUUUGAGCCCAUUGUCGUCGUCAUCAUCAUCAUCAUCUUCUGGAAAUAGCAAGCCUUCGAGGUUAAGCUGGGUCGGUCCUUGUGGGAGCGAAACCUCACCGCACCGCGAUCCCUCUGAAUGUGAGCUCGACGGAUGACACGGGAACCCGAUGCGCUCGGGACCCGCCCAGCUCGACAAUCCCAGACGGAUCAGGCAGUCUCCGCUCCACUGAAACCAUCCAUCCACACUUAUGAUGGCUUAUGAAAGCUCCUCUCCGUUUUAUUUAUUUUUAUAUUUUUUUUAUGUCUGCCUCCAAGUCUUCCCUUCCUGCUCCUCUUGUCCUCUCUAUCUCCCGGUCCACCUGCUCAGCUUCUUCCUCGCAGAGGAAGAGUUUCAUUCUUUUGGAAACCUGCCAUCGGCCAUGAUAUGACAGGUCAGGGAACAAAUCAAUAGUCGGAACAUCAAUAGAAUAUUUACAUCCCCUCGCCAGCUGCUCGUGACAGGGUAUUCACAUCGGCUCACAGCGAUGCUCAGCGCGUCCCGCUCAGAUGAGCUGUCUGCGAGCAGGAGAUAGGCAGGGUACGGUCGGCCUGCCUCGCGUCACAGCCCCCCCACACCGCCGCCGCCACUCUCCCCAGAGACCACCCCUGUAGCACUGUGCUGGCAGCUUACUGGGUGUUUGGAAAAGAGCACAGCCUACCUCCAGAAAUGAGCAGUAAAAGUCAAGUUGAUGCAUCGGCCAAGGUCCAAAAAGAAAAACAAAAAAACAAAACAAAAAAAUAAACAAAAACAAAAAAUGGACUUCUUGAGUUGAUUUUGUAGUGUUCACACUGUUCAAUAUAUCCAGUCUGAGUUCUUCUGCUCUUAUUUCAGUACAAGGGAUACAAAUAUGCAAUGCUACAGAGUGGAGAAAUUAGCCAGGAUCCCAACCGGCGCACUGGUUAAGGACAUUUGUAGUCUGUUCGAAUUUUUAAAACAAGUCAAUACCACGAUGGGAGGGGGAACGAAAAGGUGUAUUUAAUCUGUAGCAUGCACCGUCCCUCCUGACAGAUUCAUUAAUCUUUUAACACUUUGAAUCUUCCCCCCCACCUUUUCCUUCACGUCGCUUUCCAGAUCUGAUCCGUGUUUCUGGCAGUUAGCUCCGGCAACCGUUAAGUGAUUUACAAAGGACCGAGAUUGUAAAUCCAUCCGAGAUUCAGAUUGAUUUGUUUAAUCAACAAAGUCCCUCCGGCUGCUUUGGGAGAGAGAUCCUCGCCGCGCGCCGCGUCCUCCUGGCGAGGCGUUCAGAUAAGGGAGGAUAUCUGAGGAGGGGAAAAGAAAAAAACAAAACAAAAAACGAACGACUGACGCUCAUCACGAAGGCGUAAUUCUACUCUAGGAAUGUAAGUGAACCAUCUGUCCAAGCCGUGUGAUCAUGUUUUGACCUCAGAAGUACAUUUUGUGUUGGAUUCUACCACCCGACGGACAGUGCAUAUACAGUAUGACAAUUGUGCAAUGUGAUAUAUCAUUAUAUAUCUUCACUACUCACUUACAGUGUGCUAUGGAAGAGAUAAAUAUCGUCCUAUGUCAUUUUGUUUGCCUUCUUACGGGCCUUAUAACCUAUCGGAAAACGAGACCUUAGGCUUGCUUUGUAUGUCGUGCAAUUUCUGUUUCAGUAAAGGAAGUUGAGAAACGGGUGAGUCGGCUGCUGGUGUCUGUAGAGAUGGCUCCCAGUGAGAUUGUCUUGGAAGAUUAACUCUCAUGCCUGGCACAGCAAAAAGAAAUGGUUCCCAGGCCAUGAUAACCUCAGGUCCCGUGCUACACCUAUCCACCACCACCCUCCUCGCCCCUUACUCAACGCCCCGUCAGAUCAACACCACACACACACACACACACACGCACACCUACAUACACAAAUGCACAAUCACUUGCUGGCCCGUUCUGCUGCGGAGAAGAGAGAUGCUAUCUAACAGUGCCUUCCAGCAUUCCACUAGUGAUUAUCUAUUCAGUUUUCACUGGCAGAUUUGAAUUAGUCAUGUAUUUUCCCUUCGGUGCAUUUCUUCCUUUCUCUCUUCUUCUCAUCCACACACUGGGAAUUCCUCAUCCGCCCCACCGAACCCCCGACUCCCGCCCCCACUCCAACUCCCAGUGCACCAAAACUCCCAACAAAUCCGACAAUUGGUCAGGCCUUUCUCCUCCCUCCCUCUCUCCCCACCACCUCCACACGCUCCAGUAGUUACAGUGUUGUCUGACUGAAACACUUUGAAACACUUUAUUAUUGUUAUUAUUUGGUAUUACACUCGCAUAGCUGCAAUCAACUUGCACAGAGAGGAAGUUUUGUUCUAAUUCCUGCUACGUAGAGUUCCAUUUUGUUAUCUAUAUAUCUCGCAGACAGAGGAUUUGAUUUGAAUUUAGAGUAGGAAACCGAUUCACGUUACUCGAGUUAGACUUCACAUUUCAGAGUAUAUUAUUAAUAGUGAGUUAUGAAUUGAGAGAAGUCAUCUAUUUUAACUUUAUCUGCUACACUCUGUAAAUAGUGUAAAAAGAACAGAUCAUAUAUUUGGAUAUUUUGCGUUGGAGACGAAUGUUGUUCCAGUUCUAGCGUGCGGUAGACCUCAGUACCCAGGUAAAUGCAUGCUUGUGGCAUCCAAUAUUUUGCAUGAGACUUAAGGCAACUCUUAACGGAUUAUUUACGUUCAUCGAACUUCCAAACGCUUUUCUUUUCUCUUGUAUUUGUUUUUUUCUUCUUUCUUUCCCCUCCCCUCAUAGCGGAACCAUUCAUUCGUGAAGCCAUGCCAUCUCACUAAAGGGAGUUGUUUUCUCUGUCCACCUGUAUCCUGCUCACUUCACGCUCCAAAGUUGUAGCCUGUGUUUUGUUUUGUUUGUUUUUUUUUUUAUUUAUUUAUUGCCACUUAGAGCAGCAUGUCAGUCUCUCAUGCUGAAUCAAACAUCUGUUAGGUGAAACGACAGACACCGAUGGUCUCCGUACCCAGAUAAAAAUGGGUAUUUUAAUCCGUAGCUUUUUGUUUAGCACGCUUUUCCUUCACGCUGCAGACUGCUGGUUAUUUUUAUUUGACUUUAUCGUGUUUCGUUUGGAGUGCCAUCAUCAAGCGGAGGCAAAACGGGUAUAAUUUUUCUAUGACAACAGUGAACCAAAUAGGAGUUAGCUCUGAUCGCGGCUGUUCGUGUAUAGAUUUGUAGUCAAGCAGAAGACAUGAAAACACGUGGAGUCCCCCCCCUCCUCUUUACACAAGCUAAAGCUAGAUCCACCCAUUGAAAUCAUUCUCUCUAGUUUAAGUAAUGACUUGACAUGGAAAAUUUACUACUCUAUUUAUUGCUAUCAGUAUUAGGGUCAUUAAGUUUGGGCCAAACAGUUUAAAUAAUGUAUAUAUUGGGUUUGUUUAUUCUUAUAUAACUAUCAAUCUGACCUUUUAGGAGUUCUAAAGGACAGCCAUCUGUCCACUUUGAGGUCUGUUUUCUGUUUUUUUUUCCUUUUUUUUCUGUUUCUCAUGUAAGCCAAGUCAGUGGACAGAAAUCCAUUAGAGAACGCUUAGAUUUUUGUCAUUCUUGGUUUCUAUAGUCUAGAGUUAACUUGAGCCAGUAAUCAUCCACUUUCAGCACAAAGUGCCCAGCAAAAAUAUGAAAACAUCUUGAGCUUCUGCACAUUUUGUGACGUCAUAGCUGCUGACUUUAAUUGACUUUGUUGGGAUUUUAUUUGAUACACCAACGUAAUGCUGUGUGUUCGUGAGAGGUUGAGGUUGAACGAUACAUGCCUUGCGCAAAUAAAAAUCUGAAAGGUGUGGCAGACAUAUCUAUGAUACCCCCCCCCCCCCAACCUUCAUAAAUGACCUACAUCAGGGGUGCCUCAUUUUCAUCUCAGGCCAUUUCAAGAUCACAACUGUCCUCAAAUUGUCAGUUGUAGCAGAAACUAGUAAUAAAACUACCUAUUAACAAACUGUUAAAAAGUAGCUUUCUUUACAUUCAGUGACAGCAUCUUAAAAUUAAAUAAUAAUAAUAAUAAUAAUAAGCAUCUUUCACGUUGAUGUAACUUGGCAGUAUACAGGAAAAAUGCUUUAAUUUAAAAUCUGAGACAAAAAAAAUGUCAUUCAACAACACCCAUAAACUUUCUCAUUUGCAAUGUACUCCUGACCAAAAAUUGACUUUCUGGCCGACGUGCGGAGCGAUAUUUGUGAGGAAUAAUACCUGCUAUCGACAGCAAAACAUGGUGGUGGCAGCAUCAUGCUGUGGAGAUGCUUCUCAUCAUCGGUUUUAGAGUACAAGGGAAUAUGGAUGGAGCUAAACAGGACAACAAACAGGCUUGGAACUGAAGCGGAGGUUUACCUUACUUCAGGAAACCACAAUGAAAAAGCUAAUAUCAAAAAUGGCCCAGUCAAAGUCGGGGCUUAAAUCCGAUUGAGAAUUUAUUGCAAGAUUUUAAAACUAAUGUUUGUAAAAGCUCUCCGUCCAGCAAGAAACCCCAAACACCCCAAAGAAAUGUGUUUUGUAUAGAAAUGCAGGCCAUAUUUGUAAAAAAUAUUUUGUAAAAAAAAAAAAUUUAAAAUAAUAAUAAUAAUAAGCAGUGUACCGUGCUUUCAUCACUUCUCAAUAUGGCAUAACCUUGUGUUGAGCUUUCAGAUAAAAUCCCAAUGAUAUACAGAGAAGUUUCUGGUUGUAAUGUAACAUAAUUUGAAAAAAGCACAAGACGUUUGGAUAUUUUUGCAAGUCACUGUCGCCGACUCUUCAGUAGUAGUUCCUCACAGAUGAUUAUAGGGUCCUGUGUUGUUUCAGAGUAGUCAGGGUACAAAGUCUUCGAUGAGCCAUAUAUUCAUGUGGUGUUCAGUGACAACGAGAAGACUCCAAUCCCCAUACUUGCAAACCUUUCCAUUGUAUAUUACCAUCAGGUUUGAGGUCCGGAUUUUUAUUUUUUUUUUCUGUCACAGAAAAAUGUGCUCCACAUCUUUUUGACACCAUAUGCAAACAGUGGUUUUUUUUGUUUAUUUUUUUUUCCUUUCCUUCUUUCUUUCUACCUUUCUUCCUUUCUUUCUUUCUUGCUGGCCUUUAUUUGUUGUAGAAAUGGAUAAAAACCUGAAAAAUAAUGCCUAUUCAAUCCAGAAACUGUGAAUGGGAGAGUGGAGAUGUCAACUGUAUGUACAUUAUAUGUUUUGAUGUAAUCAGAAGCACUGGGAAUAUGUUGUACUUCGCUGUAAAGAAAAAAAAUAAAUCCAUAUCUGAUAUAGCUGUACUUUUGUUGAAAAUAAAAACCUCUACAGAA